AUGGACGUGGGCUCCACCUGUUUUUUUAAAUUGCUGUGGGACUCGACCCCCUACAGUGAGGGAAUAUGUACAGCCUCUGUGAACCGAGCUCUGUACAUGGAGCUCGAUCCUUCAGAAAUUACAUUGCAAAUUACUGUUGAUUUUCGAAUCCCUAGCGGUGAUGAAGCUACAAAUGUCAUCAUACAGCUGUGUUUCUUGUCCCAUUUUGAUAACAACAAUCUAUUAGCUUUUAAACACAAAUACUUUUUUCCCUGCAAUCGCUUGCAUCCUUUCCUUAUGUCAUCAGGAGAGGGAGAAACAGGUACAGACUGCCUGGGCACGGAAGAGGGGUACUAUUUACCAGACGAAGAUAAAUUGUUUACUGGGCCAAUAGGUUUCCAUAUAAUCGUGCUUGAGUAUGAGUCAAUUUUGUCCUGCCAACUUGGGCUCCCAUCAACCGAUAGGGUUGAUUUUCCGGAGCCGAUCGGAAACUCAAAAGAUGUUGAAAAAAUUAGACACAGUCUCCAACAACUAUUGUCACGUGGGAAAAAGCUUGAAGAACUCUUCACUGUCCCAAACCAGCAAAGCUCGUCAUGUCCUAAUGAAGUUGUUGCAGCCUUUAUCAACUUUCUACUCCGAAUGGUAGAAUCCAUCCUUUGUUUUAAGGCCGAAUACAUUGCUUUCCAUAAUCUCCGGACAGAGCUGGGAUUUCUUAUUACUUUUCUUGGAGAUACAUCGAUGCAUUUGCAGCCCACAAAUAAUGUAGUGAUAGAUAUCGAAGCUGCGGUCAAUGAGGUUGGAAGUUUCUUUUAUUCCUUGUAUUUCGCCUUUGAAGUAUUCUUUGCCACUCGGAAGGAAGAAACCCCUUUUACUUAUUCGAGGCUUCAUUCAACGGAUUUUGAAGAUGUGGUCAACGACGUAGUAAGUUUCUUGCACUCUGGCAUUUUCGACGUUCUUGAGGACAUGCCAUUGCAGACCACUACUGAGGUAGAAGAAACCGAGAAAGCAAUGGCGGAUAUCAAAGCUAUGGUCCAUGAGAUAGGAAGUUUCAUAGUUUUCACCAAGAAUGAUCGAGUCCCGGAGAGUGGAAUAGUGGAUCUAGCUCUUUCUGAUUUGUUACCAAAGUUCGAGCUCUUGAAAUCAAAGAUCAAGGAGCACUGCAUCACAGUCUCAAAGAUGCCAAUUGAUAUGGCUCCAAAGACUGGUGUGGUUUCACUCUUCAUCGUUGAUUCCGAUUGUUGGUCUGAACGAUCAAAUUGUAAUGUGGUCAACGACGUAGUAAGUUUCUUGCACUCUGGCAUUUUCGACGUUCUUGAGGACAUGCCAUUGCAGACCACUACUGAGGUAGAAGAAACCGAGAAAGCAAUGGCGGAUAUCAAAGCUAUGGUCCAUGAGAUAGGAAGUUUCAUAGUUUUCACCAAGAAUGAUCGAGUCCCGGAGAGUGGAAUAGUGGAUCUAGCUCUUUCUGAUUUGUUACCAAAGUUCGAGCUCUUGAAAUCAAAGAUCAAGGAGCACUGCAUCACAGUCUCAAAGAUGCCAAUUGAUAUGGCUCCAAAGACUGGUGUGGUUUCACUCUUCAUCGUUGAUUCCGUUCUUGAUGAUCUCAUGGACCUAAUAAAUAACAAGUCUGACAGGAUUGUUGGUCUGAACGAUCAAAUUGUAAUGCUACAUGAGGAGCUAUUUUUAUUGGGAUCUUCCAUCACCAGUAUAGCUGUGCAGCAAGAAGCAGAGCAGGAAGAACUCAUAAUAAAAACCAGAGACAUAGCAUUUGAAGUUGAAUAUAUUAUCAACUCAUUUCCCCCUGUUUGGUAUCUCGCCCUCAGAAUUCCUCUGCUCAUCGAGAAGAUUCAGCUUAUUACAAUGGCCAUCAAAGAAAUGAAGAACGAUAUUGAUGUGGUUGGAAUGCUAGAAGUUGCACAAUAUCCGGAUGAACACUUAUCCUCUCAAUCUGAAGAAACUCCCAUUUUGGAUGUUAUUGUGGGGUUUAAAGUUGUUGCACUCGAAAUUACGGAACAACUUGUAAGAGGAACAGAGCAAUUACAAAUUAUCUCCAUAUUUGGAAUGCCUGGAAUUGGUAAGACAACUUUAGCAAAUAAACUAUAUAAUGAUCCAUCAGUAGUCUAUCAUUUUUACGAGCGAGCCUUGUGUGUUGUUUCUCAAACAUAUAAUAAGAAAAAUAUUUUGAUUAACAUUUUGAGCUGUAUAAGAAAUGUUAAGCAAGAACAAAUUGCAAUCGAGGACGAAGAAAGUUUGGCUGAAGCUGUUUACAAAAGUUUAAAAGGAAGGCGAUAUCUCAUUGUUCUGGAUGAUAUAUGGGAUAUAAAAUUAUGGGAUGAUCUGAAAAGAAUUUUUCCAGAUGACGCAACUGGAAGCAGAAUCUUAUUCACCACUCGGAAUAAAGAAGUAAGUUUGAAAGUGUCACCUCAUUGUGUCAUAAAUGCACUUCCUUUUCUAUCGGAAGAUGAAUGCUGGGAUUUGUUACAAAAGAAAGUGUUCAGAGGUAAAAGUUGUCCUCAAGAACUGCUAGACGUUGGGAAGAAGAUUGCAAAAAAAUGUCAUGGCCUACCACUUGCCGUGGUCGUGAUAGCUGGAGUUCUUGCAAAUAUGGAGAAUAAAGAACACUUGUGGCAAGAAGUUGCAAGAAAUUUAAGUUCACAUUUAUCCAAAAAUUCAAACAACUACACCCAGAUACUAGAACUUAGCUAUAAUCAAUUGCCAAUGCACUUGAAACCAUGCUUUCUUUACUUUGGAGCAUUCAAAGAGGACGAGGAAAUCCACAUACAAAAGUUGAUAUCAUUAUGGGUUGCUGAAGGUUAUAUAAAGAAGGAAGAGCAGAAGAGUUUAGAGGAUGUGGCACUAGAAUGUGUGAUGAAACUCAUUGAUCGGAGCCUGGUACUUGUUGCUGGAAAAAAAUUUGAUGGUUCAAUCAAAACUUGCAAGAUUCAUGAUCUAUUGCGUGAAAUGUGCUUGAGAAUAGCUGAAGAAAAAAACUUUUUGAAGGUUGUCAAUAUUAAUGUUGAUGAACCUCAUCCACUACCAUACUUCAAUGAAGUGGCGAUGUAUCAGAAACACCAUUGUUUGAGUAUCUUCAAUGGGGAGAAUCCUACUGCCUCACUACCUUUCGGCCCACAUGUGCGCUCUCUUUUAUGUGGUAAUGUAACGGUGCCCACAUUAGUUGCAUGCGGCUUCAAAGUUCUUAGGGUCUUGGAUUUCUGCAGUCCCUGGAUAAAUCUUGUUGUAGUCGGAAUUAACCAGCUGGUUCACGUGAGGUACUUGGCACUUUCAUCUACACUUCCACCAAUGGAUAGCUUCCACAAACUAGAAUUUCUUGUUCUACGCAACCGAGAUGCUGUUGAAAUACCGGAUGUCCUCCUUAAUAUGAUGAGUUUGAGACAAGUGCAUUUUGACGGCGGUGCAUACUUCAGUGAGUCUAUCCGUCAUCGAGCAAUUAAGGAUAAGAGCUUCCAAAUAAAAAAUAACCUACAAAGUAUUUCUUUCCUUCAAAUUUUCGAUGAAGCGGAUGAGAAAAUUUUGAGAUGUUCAUCCAAUCUUCGCAGACUUAAGGGCAAGGUUAAAUCUUCACACAGUUAUGCUUUCGACUUCCUUAAUCAGCUCGAAUCAUUGAAGCUCAGAUCACGACGUUACAUGGGAUAUUCAUCGUUCAAUUUGAUCAGUCUGCCCUUAAAUCUCAAACAAUUGACUUUAAUACGUGUACGCAUGGCUCGGGAACAAAUGGAGUUGAUUGGGAAAUUGGAGUACCUAGUGGUUCUCAAAUUACGUGAUGUUUCCUUUGAUGGACGACGAUGGGACACUGGUGAAGGUGAAUUUCCACAACUUAAAUUCUUGAAACUCUCUAAUGUAAGACUUGCAGAGUGGAAUACCACAAGAGAUCAUUUCCCAAGACUUCAACGACUAGAAUUGAGAUAUUGCAAACAUUUGAAGAUGAUCCCAACCAGUUUAGGCGACAUUCCAACAUUACUAAUGAUUGAGGUAUAUCACUGCGUGGAAGCUAUCAAAGAAUCUGCUAAGAGAAUUCAAGAAGAACAAGAAGACAUGGGAAAUGAAGAACUUAAAGUCAUAAUAUUUGACUGGCAGAGUAAAAGUGAAGCAGAAAGUGAACCUGAAGAAGAAAGUGAACUUGAAGAAGAAAGUGAAGAAGAAACAAACAUUACCGACCUAUUUAAGAUAUUUAAUAUGGCACCAAAAGUUUCAUUUAAAAUUCAAAUAACAUGACAUGCAAUAUGUACACAAUUUUGUAAUGGUAAUUUUCUCAAGUUCAUGUAGAAAAUUUUAUA